CCUUGCUGGCUGGGGGGGUGGGGUGGGAGGGGAGCUGGAGACUCAGCUUGGAGGGAGGAGGCGGAGGGGACGGGGUGAGUUUGGUUGCGCCGUACUCGCAGUGCCCUCGGGUAGGGGGAGGAGGCAGAGGAGGGAGGCGAACGGACAGAGCGGGAAGAGCCCGGUCUCUCCGUCCGAGUCCUGGAGCUGACACGCGGCGUCGGCCGGAGCUGUCAGCUUUCUGGGUGUUGUGUCGCCUGAGGUGCCCCACGUAAACGUCCCCGUGAGAUCGAGAGAGGGAAAAUGGAGGAGGGUGGCGGCGGCAGCGACGGCGGCGGCGGUGUCAGCGCCACGGGGACCAGCGUGGACGGAGGGGACCAGCUCUUAACUGUCAAACACGAGCUGCGGACGGCUAAUUUAACAGGACAUGCGGAGAAAGUGGGAAUUGAAAAUUUUGAACUUCUGAAGGUUCUAGGAACAGGAGCCUAUGGAAAAGUAUUCCUGGUUCGUAAAAUAAGUGGUCACGAUGCUGGAAAGCUGUAUGCUAUGAAAGUUCUGAAAAAAGCCACCAUUGUUCAGAAAGCCAAGACAGCAGAGCACACAAAGACGGAGAGGCAGGUGCUGGAACACAUCAGGCUCUCGCCCUUUCUGGUUACACUGCAUUAUGCUUUUCAGACAGAGACCAAGCUGCAUCUCAUUCUAGAUUACAUAAAUGGUGGAGAACUUUUUACUCACCUUUCUCAAAGAGAACGUUUCACAGAAAAUGAAGUGCAGAUAUAUAUUGGGGAAAUUGUGCUUGCCCUUGAACACCUCCAUAAGUUGGGCAUUAUAUAUCGUGACAUUAAACUAGAGAAUAUUCUACUUGAUAAUAAUGGCCAUGUGGUGCUGACAGAUUUUGGUCUAAGUAAGGAGUUCGUUGCUGAUGAAACUGAAAGAGCAUAUUCCUUUUGUGGAACUAUAGAAUAUAUGGCACCUGAUAUUGUCAGAGGAGGAGAUGCAGGACAUGAUAAGGCAGUUGACUGGUGGAGUUUAGGUGUUCUUAUGUAUGAAUUAUUAACUGGAGCAUCUCCAUUUACUGUUGAUGGAGAGAAAAAUUCCCAAGCUGAAAUAUCUAGGAGAAUAUUAAAAAGUGAACCUCCAUAUCCCCAAGAAAUGAGUGCUUUAGCUAAAGAUAUAAUUCAGCACCUCUUGAUGAAAGAUCCUAAGAAAAGAUUGGGUUGUGGUCCACGAGAUGCAGAUGAAAUCAAAGAGCAUCCCUUCUUUCAGAAAAUAAAUUGGGAUGAUUUAGCUGCCAAAAAAGUGCCAGCACCAUUUAAGCCAGUAAUCCGGGAUGAGUUAGAUGUCAGUAAUUUUGCAGAGGAGUUUACAGAAAUGGAUCCCACAUAUUCUCCUGCAGCUCUGCCUCAGAGCUCAGAGAAGCUGUUUCAGGGAUAUUCUUUUGUUGCUCCUUCUAUCUUAUUUAAACGCAAUGCAGCUGUCAUAGAUCCUCUUCAGUUUCACAUGGAAAUUGAACGUCCAGGAAUAACAAAUGUUGCCAGGAGUGCAAUGAUGAAGGACUCUCCAUUUUAUCAGCACUAUGACCUAGAUCUUAAAGACAAACCUUUGGGAGAAGGAAGUUUUUCAAUUUGUCGAAAAUGCUUACAUAGGAAAAGCAACCAAGCAUAUGCAGUCAAAAUAAUAAGCAAAAGAAUGGAAGCCAACACUCAGAAAGAAAUAACAGCUUUGAAACUCUGUGAAGGACACCCCAAUAUAGUGAAGUUGUAUGAAGUUUAUCAUGAUCAGCUUCACACAUUUCUGGUGAUGGAACUUCUGAAUGGGGGAGAGCUCUUUGAACGAAUUAAGAAAAAGAAACACUUCAGUGAGACCGAAGCCAGUUAUAUCAUGCGGAAGCUUGUUUCAGCUGUAAGCCACAUGCAUGAUGUGGGAGUGGUACAUAGAGACCUGAAGCCUGAGAAUUUAUUGUUCACUGAUGAAAAUGAUAAUUUGGAAAUUAAGGUAAUUGAUUUUGGAUUUGCACGUUUAAAGCCACCUGAUAAUCAGCCACUUAAGACACCAUGCUUUACCCUUCAUUAUGCUGCUCCAGAGCUCUUAAAUCAUAAUGGCUAUGAUGAAUCUUGUGAUCUGUGGAGCUUGGGAGUCAUUUUGUAUACAAUGCUGUCAGGACAGGUUCCAUUCCAGUCUCACGACAAAAGUUUAACUACCAGUGCAGUAGAAAUCAUGAAAAAAAUUAAAAAAGGUGAUUUCUCUUUCGAAGGAGAAGCCUGGAAGAAUGUAUCCCAGGAAGCCAAAGAUCUGAUUCAAGGACUUCUUACAGUGGAUCCCAAUAAGAGACUUAAAAUGUCUGGCUUGAGGUACAAUGAAUGGCUUCAAGAUGGCAGUCAGCUGUCCUCCAAUCCUUUGAUGACUCCAGAUAUACUAGGAUCUUCAGGAGCUGCUGUACAUACCUGUGUAAAAGCAACGUUUCAUGCCUUUAACAAGUACAAGAGGGAGGGGUUCUGCCUUCAGAAUGUUGAUAAGGCUCCUCUCGCAAAGAGAAGGAAAAUGAAGAAAACCAGCACGAGUACAGAGACACGCAGCAGUUCAAGUGAAAGUUCUCAUUCUUCUUCCUCUCAUUCUCAUGGUAAAACUACACCGACAAAGACACUGCAGCCGAGCAACCCUGAUAGCAAUAAUCCAGAAGCCAUCUUCCAGUUCUCUGACUGAAGAACACACCAGUGGUGGGAGUGGGGACACACUGCACCUUUACUUGCCCCGAUUUAGAACUGAGAGGUGUUUAUUGAUUUUAAAAAAUACCUGCCACGUCCUCUUGCUCUCAUUUGAAUUCUGCCCUUUAAUGAAUUUCUUCUAAAUAACCUGUUUGGUUUGUCCUUGUCCAGCUAUUCUGGACACAGUAUAUUACUGUGAAUAGAGCUAGUGUUAACACUGUUUGGAAAUCAAAAAUAAUAUCUAUCAACAAUACUUUUCUUAAAAGAGCAAAGCUUUCAGUAAAUUUAAUUGGAGGUUUUUCCCAGCUGUUUAGCUUUGAGCUGCUUACAAAAUAUGUCUUAGUUUUUUUAGAUGUCUGCUAACAGGAAUUGGCCUUUGCUAAGAUGACCAUUUGUUUCCACUUUGGAUGGCAUGGGAUUUAAAAGAAAACUUUGCACCCUUUGCGCAAUGACUUACCAGUGAAGAUGGUUGGCUUUUCAUAAGGAAUUUGUGAUGAAUUUAAUGUGUUAAAUAUGUUUGUUUCUUGAGGGAAGGUUUUAACUUAUUGUUUCUAGUUUGUGAUUAUAGAUGAUGAUAACCUAUUAAUGUAAAUUUUUUUCUUUUUGAAAAGGAUUAAAAAACAUAAGAUCCCACAGUAUGUAUUUGGGAUCCAUAUGAAAUGCAUGUUAAGCUAUGUACGUUUUUAAUUACACACUGCUCUUUCCUAGCAAUGUUUUAAUGGAUAUUGAAAAAACCUUAGGGUACAUUUAUCUCUUUUCUAAGUCAUAUUGCGCUUUAUGAAGGAGUGUGAUGAAAGAAAGCAGAUUGUUUUAUAAAGUGCACAGCUUAUAGCACAUGUACUGUAUUUUAAACAUUUUUUCCAUUAUCUACUUUAAAUUACUCCUCACAUCCCUCUUCUACUUUGUAUGCAACAAAUAGAAUAGGCCUGGCUGUAUGAUGAAAUCAUAAGCCACUUAUGCACUGAUGUGAGGACAAACUAAAGGGAAAUUUUACUAAACACUGUGCUUCAUAACUGUACACUGUGUUGUGCUACAGGGAAGGAUUUCCUCCUCUGGUAGUUUAUUAUGUAUAUAAUUAUUUUAGCAUCAUAAAUGUGAUUUGUUUUGAAACAUUUCAGUUGUUAACUUUUAAAUAUGAAAAAACAUUUUAUAAACUUAUGCAGAGCACUUUUAUUGCUCAAGUGCUGAACUCAUAUGGAAAUCUUAAGUGCUAACUUUUUGUUUAAGAAGUGUCAUUAAGAGCUUGCUGCAUUUUAAAAUUAAAUAAAUCCAUUCCCUAUGCAAAAAAACAACAACAAAAAGGUUAUAGGAACUGUAGGUUAGUUUUUAUUUUACAGAAAUCACAGGGAGUCGUAAGGACUCUGAAAAUCAAGAUUAGCCAUGUUUACAGGAAUGUGUGUAAUAAAGCCAAGACUAACGUUUAUUUUGUGGUUUUAAUCAAUGAUAACCUUUUGAGUAUUUGGGAAAGGAUUUGGGCAUGAACUUACUUUAUUUAUUACUUUCUUGAUGGUAACAUCAAAGAUAAUAGCAGCAUUAACUUUAGCCUGAUGUGAAUACUGAAAUAUUGCACUGUUUAACAUAGUAAUAUAUUUAAUAUUAAAUCAUUAUGUAAUUGAUGUCACUGGGAAUGAAAUGGCCAACAUUGAUAUUUUCAAAAUAUGGAUAUAAAUUUUAUUCAUAUUUUCUUCUUAAUGAUUAUUAAGAGUAAUUUUUUUCUAUUUUUGAAAGAGCCCAAUGGUUUCAUAAUUCUUAUUGAGUCAGGGAUUGUUAUUUGUGCACUAGGUAUUUAAGUAAUGAUGGGAAAGCCUAGAAUGAAUUACCACAAUCCACAAAUAGUUCACAGAAUAUGCAAAUAAAACAUAAAUUUUUAAUAUUCAUUAAAAUUUCCAUUAAUAGCAAAUGUUAUUCUAUAACUAGUUUUUUUGAACUGUACCAUAAAGUAGUAAAUGAUGCAGUUGCCAGAUAGACCUAAAGGGAUUUUCUUGUAUAAAGGAAAUAGUUAAGGAAAAUUUUCAAACAAUAUGCUAUUGGUGAUGUGGUUGUUGCUAGCUUAGAGUGAACAUUAGAAAACUGACAGAUGUAAUUUUCAUUUCUUCUUUCCCCUGUCCUCCUUUGAUGGAAGAGCUUAUAAGUGAUAAAAUAAGCAAAAAAACACACGUUAACUAAUGACCCAUCUCUUAAUCAAGGAUUAACUCUGAUAAGGCUUCAAAUUAAGUCCAUAGUAAUGCCUCCCUUUUCAAAAUUCUCCUUCCCCUAAUUAUAAAUACCAGAAGGUCACUAUUUAAUGUAUUAUGCUCUUGUAAUUAGCACCAUUUAAAUUUGGAUUCAGAUUUUCGUAAUAUACAAUGCAUUACAUUUUGAAAUUCAUGCUUUCAGGUUACUAAAAUAGAAAACAGUUUUCCUGCAUGCAAAAUGUUAAGGUGAAAUGACUGUCUUCUUUAUCUAUAGAUAAUGAAAAUAACCAAAAAGAGAUAUAUGAAUACCUUUAUACUGUUAGUGUGGCAGACUGCAAUUCCACCCAAAUCUACCACUACCACAUCCUACAGCAUUUUUACUGUAUGAAUGUAUUUGUUUGGGGAAUAUGUGAUUUGAUCCAUUAUAAGUUCUAGUUAAUGGGGUACUAUUUUCUUUUGAAUCUUAAUAUCAAUGAUUGAGAUAUGAAUAAAGAUGAUACUAUAGAAAGCAAAAAAAUCAGUUUUUUAGCUUUAUAGAAAUUAUGAUUCUCCACAGUCCAUCAUUAUCCACAAGAUGAGAUCCUUUUAGGUGAGUAAAUAUGUAUUAGAUAUUUUGAAAUACAUUAACUCCUUCAGUUAUCUAGGAAAUACCUCUGAGAGAGUAAGUUAGUAAAUCAUAUACCUGUUUUUCUGAAACAGUUAAUGCACAUCCCAGUAUACCUGUCUUGAAUUCCAGUAUUAGUUCUGUUUCCACUUGAAAUUAGUCUUAAUAUUAAUGCUUCUAAUGUUUCUAAAGUGAUUACAUAAUGAAUGCACUUAAUUAUACGAGAAAUUAUUUUAAAAGACUAGUAGAAUUGCAAAAACUUUUUAUUUACAGAAGACUUACAAAAUCUAUUUUGAAUGUCACAUUAUUUUUAAAUAUAUUCUCAAAUAUUAUUUUAUGAGAACGUAACUUCAAUUUAAUGUGUUUUUAUUCACCUCUUUGAAUUAGCUGUGUUAGACAUUCACUAGGAAACAGGUUUUUGUUGGGGGACCAUUUCUAAUUUAUUGUUCCUUUCUAUUACCCAGGAUGUGUUAAUUAUUCAGUGUAGUCUUCUCUUGGCUAGUAAUAAGAGAAGAGGUUUGUUUAUGUAAUCAAGUUCCUAAUAAUUAUUAAUUCCUAAAAAGCUAAGUUUAUUUAUGGUAAGCACUUAAAUGAUGGCAAAAAUAAUUGUCUUGUAGAUUAAUUCUAUUAUAGUGUUAUUAAAUAUCUUUUUAUUUUUGAUUUUUUUAAUAAAUUUGGAAAAGUUAUCUUACUAAAGCCUAUCAUAUUUCCUUAUGAUAAUUAAAUAUAUCAUUCACAUGUAUAUCUUCUUUAGGAAACUGGUUCUUUAAAAAACUAAUAUAGCAGAAAGUUAUUGAAUCAAGAAUUUUAAUAGGAGGCAAUUUUUAAAUUGUAAGGGCUCAAGGGAUAAAAGAAUAGGGAAAGAAAUGUUUGUCUAUUAAAAUACUGUAAAAAUUCUUAACCCACAGAAAAAAGUCUCUACAGCUGCCUUGUAGGUUUUAUUCAGCUAUUCAUUUUCCUAAUCAAGCUCACCUCAAACUAUGACAUUUCUUAGAAAUGAAAGAUGUGUCCCCAAAAAGAUAUCAAACUAUGACAUUUCUUAGAAAUGAAAGAUGUGUCCCCAAAAAGAUAGUUUCUGUAUAAAGUGCUUUUAGAUAUGGAUUUCAAGAAGAAAGGGGCAAUUUUUUCACCGUAAGAGCACUUCACAAUCCUGAUUUCAAUCUUGAUCUGUAGUAUUUUGUCUUUUGAGCUUUCGCAGGUGAUUCUGGCCUGUUUCCUUCUUUCCAUUUCUUUGCUUCCAGUUGUAUUUUUAGCUGGGUGCUUGCCAUUGAAAUUUGUUUCCUUGUCUAAAGUUGUUUGUCCAUCCUGUUUCAUGAGUCUGGAAAUUGGCCAGCUACCAUUGCUCUGUAUGUUGCUUCUGUUAGACUUGAGGUAAACAUAUUUUUGAACCAAAAUCUUAACUCAUGUGAUAAGAUAUAAUCCUUUCAUAAAACCUCAAUUUUUGAAAGUACACUUUUUCCCUUGAAUUUGGUACUGUCCCAGAAAAACUGGGAUGUGUAGUUAGAUUAUAACAAGUACAGUUAAUAAAACUUGGCUUCUUCCUGCCUGUGCAAAGUAGGUGAAGAUAUGAACAAAAAUAAUUGAUCCCUAUGAUUUUGCUUCCAUUUUUACAUGACGUGUAAGAACCCAGAUUUUUAUGUGUAAGCAACAUGUAUUUAAAAAUGAAGGCCCUUACUGCUAAAUACUGAACACUUCUGGUUCGUCAUGACUGAAAGAAAAUGUUAAAGAUUUGAACAUGUUAGUGGAAUGCUUGUAUUUUAAAGGUGAUUGUAGAGUAGGUUGAAUGUGUUUAAUUUGUUUCUGCACCUCUGGACACUGUGGCAAUAGUAUUUUACAUUUUGUUAAUUUUCUUCUUGUUAUCAAGGCUCCUCUCUGUGUACUGUAUUUGAUUUUUACAAAAUCUGUCUCCUCACCAAAAAUCCAUUUUCUUUUUAGAUCAUUCCUUAAGAGUAUUUAGUUUUCUUUUUAAAAAUUCCUAUCCACUUUUAAGUCAUCUUAUAUUCAGCCCCCAAGUGUAUUUUGAAAUUGCACAAUUGAAGAAGGAAAAUUGGGAGUUUUAUGAAUAGUUCUUGAUUUUGCACAAUAAGAAGUUUAACUUCAGUUUGCUGCAAAGAGGUUGUCUCCAUUUUUUUUUCCAAAAAUAGACAUGUUGCUUUGUAGUGUUAUCAUAGUUUUUUUUAACACUCCAUAAAGCUUUAAUAAACCAUUUUCUCCAAAGAUUUUCAAGUGACCUGUUUCAUAAUUAUUUUUCAUCCCAUUAAGGAAUAACAUGGGUACUUUUGACAUUUCUCACUACAUUUUAUUUCAGGGCAAAAGAUUAGUUUAGUAAUCAUUUAGAUUUUUGGUGGCUAAUUGUAUGAUGCUUUUAUUAUUGUUAUUGUAACUUACGACAUUUUGAUUUUUAAGUAGUAAUAUAAAUUUUGGACUUUGAAAACAGACAUUUCCCCAUCCUAAAUGACACUUUCAUAUUCAUGCUUGUUCAGGUUCCACAGUGUAUCUGGAUAGAUUAUUGUUACAUGUAUCAUAAACAAAAAAUCUAGCAAAAUUAAAAUUAAAAUAUAGAAUAGUUUUUGUUUUGAUAAAUAAGCAGAGAAAAUAUAUUUUGCUAUUUUGUUGAAAAGGUGUUUUUGUUGCAAUCCCUAAAUUUAGUAAGUCCUUUUUCCUAAAAUGUUGCUUAUUCUGUGAAUUUAAGGAAAAAAAAGGUGUGAUGGAAAACCAAAUGAGCAUAGAUAUGGGAAUUUUAAGUCACUUAGAAUUUUAAUUUGAUAAAACCAGUGCCUUUAAACUUCUAUUUAAAGCUCUAUAUUUUCUUAAACAUUGCUUUUGAAAAUUAAUUUUAAAAGAAUACAUUUUAAAUUACUAGAAUUUUAUUCCAUGGAACUAUGUAAAUUCUCCCACAACCUUAAGCAAGGCUCAGAAUGUGAUUUUAAAUAAACUUUUCCCUUCAUUAUGUCAUAGCAAGAUUGUUAAAAAUGGUUGGAUGAAAGCAUUUUUGUGCCCCUUAGACCACAUUGAUAAUUAAGAGUAAACAUAUCCAUGUCAUUUUUUAUCACAUUUGUUAGAUUUUUUUUUCAUAUUUGUGAGUGCAUUUUCUUUUUUCUCCAUUUUUCUGUUCCCCCUACACAUUUUAAAUUUGUGGCAUACACACAUUAAUUUGAUUUUCCUGAUAUUCCACUGUAGUGCAUUUUCCACUUCUUGCUCCCUCUCUGGAUUGAAUCAUAAUGCAAAAUCUUGAAGAGAGCCUCUUUCUUGAGUUAUGGAAAUGUAAAUCUUAGAAUAGAAAUGAUAAUUUAUGGACAAGUAAAUAAUGUUAGAGGCAGAAAAAUUGGCAUGAAGUUAAAGAUGGCAGCUUUCCAAAAUGGUUUUGAGUUUAUUAUCUUAUUAUGAGAGCUCUAGUUAGCUGUUGGCCAAAACACAUGAUAAUAAAUUUUUUUUU